CUUCCCUUUUUCUUCCACCCUUCCAAUUGCAUUCACUCCCUUCUCUUUUUCAUCACAUGGCACUGUGAUUUCACUCUCCAAUUUCCCUAUCCCAAAUCUCUUUCUCCAUCAUCAAAUGGCUGUGGAACUCAUGGGGUUCCCCAAAAUCGAUGAUCAAAAGGCCAUCCAAGAGGCUGCAUCGGAAGGCCUCAAGGGCAUGGAACACCUGAUCCGAAUCCUCUCCCACCAACCCUCUCACUUGAACACCGACCUCACCGACGUUACCGUCUCCAAGUUCAAGAAACUCAUCUCGCUCCUCAACCGAACCGGCCACGCUCGCUUCAGACGUGCUCCGGUUCAGCCUCAGGUUCAGCCCCCUGAACCAGUUCAAACCCCCGAGCCCAUUCAAACCCUCGCACCGGCUCACAAUCCUCCCUCUGCGCCGCUCCAUCUUCCUCCCCCGCAAACGGCCAACCUCUCCCUGCCGGCGCUCUUCGCGUCGCCGGCGCCGGUUCACCAUGCCUCCGGGAGCGUCACGCUCGACUUCACCAAGCCGCACAACGCGCUCCGCAACUCCAAGGCCAAGUCCGUGGAACUCGAGUUCUCCAAGGAGACCUUCAGCGUCUCCUCCAACUCCUCCUUCAUGUCCUCCGCCAUCACCGGCGACGGCAGCGUCUCCAACGGCAAGAUCUUUCUCGCCCCGCCGCCGCCUCCUCCCGCGACUGCCGCCGGGAAACCGCCGACCUUCAAGAAACGCUGCCUUGAACACCGCGAGCACUCCGACGACGUCUCCGGAUCCGGCAAGUGCCACUGCGUGAAGCGAAGGAAAAAUAGGGUGAAGAAGACUGUGAGAGUGCCGGCGAUAAGUUCAAAGAUCGCCGAUAUUCCACCGGACGAGUACUCGUGGAGGAAGUACGGUCAGAAACCGAUCAAGGGCUCACCGUACCCUAGGGGGUAUUACAAGUGCAGCACGGUGAGAGGGUGUCCCGCGAGGAAACACGUGGAGCGCGCACCAGACGAUCCGGCGAUGCUGAUUGUGACGUACGAGGGGGAGCACAGGCACGCGGUUCAGGCCGCGAUGCAGGAGAACGCAGCCGGAGUGGUGGGUUUGGUGUUCGAGUCAACGUAGAAAGUGGAAUAACAUUAAAAAUUUGGGAGGUGGAGGACUUUUUUUUUAAGUAUUAUAAUUUUUGGAAAGUGUAGUUGGAACCAUGGUUGCUUUGUAAAUUUCUUUUAUUUAUUAGUAUUAUUAUUAUUAUUAUUAUUAUUAUUAUAAUGUUUAGUUUCAUAGAUAGGUGAAAAUUGGAAUCUCAAAGUUAUUUAUUCUAUCCCUUUGCCAAAAGUCUUGAGAGUUAUGAUUCUUUAUGAUUUCGUAUUGGGAGGAGGUGGUAUCCGAGGCAGGCUCACUCUCUUUUUUAUAUACUCAUCAAAUAAACCAAUCAUUAUUUUUAUUUUA